AGAGAAAAAGAGAAGGUACGUGUGGAAGGAGGGGAGCGAGUAGAGAAGAUGGUUGGUUUGUGGAGAGGAGAAGUUUCUGUUAUUUUUGUUUGUCAAUCUCAUUAAUGGUGAGGUGAGGAGAGGGAAGUAAGUAGGAAAUGAGAAUUGAAGGUGGUGAACGAUGAUGCUCAGCCUCAUCGUACCUAUUCCUCAUGGUCAUGGAUUUCCACGCCGCAAUUCCCAUGUCCCAAGCGGCCCUCACUCAAGAUGCACUGUGGCUAUUGAGGUCAACUGAAACAAUGGAAUCUGGAACUUAUCCGGAGCGUCCAGGGGAGCCAGAUUGUUCAUAUUACAUCAGAACAGGCCUUUGUAGAUUUGGUGCAACAUGUCGAUUUAACCAUCCUCCUAACAGGAAGCUGGCUAUUGCCGCUGCAAGGAUGAUGGGCGAGUUCCCGGAAAGAAUAGGGCAACCAGAAUGUCAGUACUAUCUGAAGACAGGAGCUUGCAAAUUUGGAGCCACAUGCAAGUUUCAUCAUCCUAGAGACCAGGCUGGGAUUGCUGGAAGAGUUUCCUUAAAUAUUUUAGGCUAUCCGCUCCGCCCUAAUGAGCCUGAGUGCACUUAUUAUUUGAGAACAGGACAAUGCAAAUUUGGGAACACUUGCAAAUUCCACCAUCCUCAACCAAGUAAUAUGAUGCUUUCAUUACGGGGUUCUCCUGUUUAUCCUACUGUCCAUUCUCCAAAUACACCAGGUCAGCAGUCAUAUGCAGGAGGAAUUACAAAUUGGUCAAGGGCAUCUUAUAUUCCUAGUCCGCGCUGGCAAGGUCCUUCAGGUUAUACACCUUUAGUUCUCCCUCAGGGAGUGGUUUCAGUGCCUGGGUGGAGUGCAUACAGUGGUCAAAUGGGAUCAAUCUCUAAUCCAGACAGUCCACAUCAAACAAUGGGAAAUGGUCAAACUUAUGGAACUUCUCGCCAAGUUGAACUAGCAAAUGCAGGAUCACAUGGGGCAUAUUCUCAAUUCCGUUCUGGCACCAUUCCUGUAGGGUUUUAUGCAUUGCAGAGGGAGAACGUAUUUCCUGAGAGACCUGGUCAGCCUGAAUGCCAAUUUUACAUGAAAACAGGAGAUUGUAAGUUUGGAGCAGUCUGUCGGUUCCACCACCCGCGUGAGAGGCUAAUUCCUGCUCCUGACUGUGUCUUGAGUCCUAUAGGCCUCCCUUUACGUCCUGGAGAGCCUUUAUGUGUCUUCUAUUCACGCUAUGGCAUAUGCAAAUUUGGCCCAAGUUGCAAGUUUGACCACCCAAUGGGAAUUUUCACCUAUAAUAUAUCUGCAUCGCCUUCAGCUGAUGUCCCAGGCCAGCGUCUGUUCGGAUCUUCAUCGGGAACUGCUGCAUUAAAUUUAUCAUCAGAAGAACUUGUUGAGUCAAGCUCAGCAAAACCAAGGAGGCUUUCAUUGUCAGAGACAAGACAGAUUCCUUCUGGUGAUGAUGACAUUGAUGAUGAUGAUGAUGAUGAAUGAUGUCUCUUGGAAAUGGGUGAUUUGACUUUUACAAAUUUUUUUUGAGGGGAGAAAUGUGUAAUCUGUAAAUUAUAUUCCCAUUGCUGGAGAUGUACAGAGGUUAUGUCAAGUUGAUUCUGUCAUUCUGAAAUUAGAUGCAGUGAACAGAUUCAAUUGUUCUGGAUUUCAUGUCGCCACAUUGUAUAAAUUUAAGCAAAUAUUGUCACAUUCGGUCAAACCCAACGUGAACAAUCUUUCUGUCCUUAAGACGCAAGUCUUUCUAAUUAACUUUGCCCAUUAUGUAAAAAAUAUCUUUUUGGAUUUCUGUAUUGACCAAAAUUUACCUCCUCUGUGAAUCUUUAUUGGAUGCAGGUUUGAAACUCAUUUCAUAGCCUGUACUUUCUCAAUAAA